ACUUUAGAAUUUAGUGGUGACUAAAGCAGCAGCAAGAGCAGCAGGAGGAGUUCAUCACUUUUCUUUUUCACAGUCGACUGUCUGUCUCAGCCAACUUAAUUGGUUCCCUCAGGCGCUGAUUUUUUCUUCUUUUUUUUUUUAUUUUACUUUCUUCAGCUUUUCGUGCCGUCUGCUACACCUGCCUGCCAACUCCAGCGCUGAUGGGCGCGGCUGGGACCGGUGCCCAAAUCACUGUUUUGACUUGCCUGGGAAAGUUGAGCGAAUAAGGCACAAAAGGACCGAGGACUUUAAGAACAUCCCACCACGACGCGUCAACUUCAUACAAACACGUUAUUCCCUCCCGUGGAUCGGUCGGUCCAUCUCGAGAGGAAUCGGGAUUUGAUUGAACGUUGUCCGAUUCUGGCUGAAGAUAAAAUGGAAUGGACGAGUUAACGAGACAGAUGGACUUCUCAGGAGGCGUGUCACAAGAAAAGGUUGUGACGGAAUCUGUAACCUCCACAACCAUCCUGACUUCUCUACCACCAAAGGGAACCAGUGGAUCAAAUCACAGGAAUAUGUCCAGCGGUGCUGGAGGGCUGGGCCUGGAGAAGAAUGUCUUAACCCAGAACAGCAGUGGAACGUAUUUCUCCUCAUCCUCUGUAGGUGUGACCUCCGGCAGCUACAGCUCCUCCUCAGGGGUUUAUCUAGGGGGAGACUCCUCGGGAGGAGGCGAUGGAGGGGGGAGCUACCUAGAUGGAGAAGGAUACGGAAACGGAGGUGGAGGAGGAGGAGGAGGAGUAGGAGGCAGCAGCAGUUACAUUGUGAGCUCGGUGUCAAAGGUCAGGUCCAGCUCGUCGGGUGGUGCCAGGAGAGCGCAGACUGCUGGCUCAUCAGGGGGCCUGUCGCCAGCUUUCCGGGAGAGGAAGACCGUAUCCAGUCGCUCACGAGGUUAUGAUGGAAGUUCCAGUGCUAAUUCCUCUCCAGAAUUCACUCGCAAAGAUUAUGGGAUCUAUUGCUCCAGCACCACAAGGGGGAGGAGCGAAAGCAGAGAGAGUGAGAUCAGAGCCAGAUUACAAAGUGCCUCUCCCUCCGCCUCCAGAUGGACGGAGCUGGAUGACGUGAAGAAACUUCUUAAGGGACGCUCUUCCAGCCUCAGCCCCACUCGCUCCUCUAGUGCCUCCAUUACCUUGCCUGUCCCUAAAAAGGCCACCGUGGAAACCAAGACCGUCUCUGUGGCCACUCAGUCGGGUUCAUCUUCAUUUGAUUCUGGUCUGAGAUCAGGCGGCUUCCACACCAUUGAGACAUCAGGCCUGUAUGAUCCCGGCCUGACAUCUGGGCAGUUUGAUACUGGUGUAAAAUCAAGCCAGUAUGAUAUCACUCUGAAAUCAGGCCAAUAUGAUACUGGUGUGAAAUCAAGCCGUUAUGAUGGUAGUCUGAAAUCAGGCCAUUAUGAUACUGGUGUGAAAUCAAGUCAGUAUGAUGGUAGUCUGAAAUCAUUGCAGUUUGAUACUGGUGUAAAAUCAGGCCAUUAUGACACCGGUGUGAGGUCCGCACAUUACGAUGUCAGUCUUAAGUCAGGCCAGUAUGAUACUGGUGUGAAAUCAGGACAGUAUGACAUGAGUUUGAAAUCCGGGCAGUACGAUAGCAGUGUGAGAUCAGGCCAGUACGACACACUGGACACUGUACUUCCAUCUUUCUCCUGGUCCACCUCCACACUGCCCUCCUCCUCCACCACGGUGGUCAAUGGCAACACCAGCAGCUACACCUACCAGACCAGCACCAACAACAUGCCAGGAGGAUCCUCGCCUGUCGGCCUCACCUCACCCUCGUCCCUGUCAGUUUAUGGCUUUCAGAAUAAUCUGGCUCCCACCUCUGGCAGUGUGCUCACCACCAGUGGAGCCAACGUAAACGCUAACCUUGGAGGUUAUGGUGUUCAGAAGAACGUGUCAAAUGGCGUUGGUGUCGUCAGCACUGGAGUCUCAACCACUCGAUCCCACACUGAUGAUGCAUAUAAGAAAGAAUAUAAGUACAUGAUCUCUGAAAAAGAGAACGUUCCUGCCAAGAGGGACACAGAGAUGCUAAUUUUGGCUAAAGACAGCGGGAAGCAUUUCACCAGCAGCAGCGUCCAUGUGGGAGGAGGGUCACUGUCGGGAGAUUCAUUAAAGAAAGAGAAGCUGAUUUCAAGCUACGGUGAGACGAUGCCACUGAAGACGGAGACAGGCAACUCUUACUAUGGAUCAUCUGGAGUUGUAAUGAAAGACAAAGCCACUUAUGCAGAGAUUCACAGAGACAGCGGCAUCUUUGGAGGUGGAGGACUAUGCUGCUGCUCCGACGCCUGUUGCUCCUGGUGGAAAUGGCUGCUGGGUCUUCUCCUCCUCUUCCUGCUCCUGCUGGGACUCCUUUUUGGCCUCAUUGCACUGGCCGAGGAUGUGAGAAAGCUGAAGAAUCGAGUGUCUACCCUGGAGGCUGAGGCUUCGGUCGCUGCUGCCCGUACCAGCCGGCUGUCAGGUUCUUCCAAUGACAUCAACACCUAUGUGGACGGUGGUGGCGGUACCAGCCACACUGAUAACAACAUAUACCUGGGUGCUGGAGGUGGAGGUGGAGGCUCGAGCUCUAAAACACGAAUCGGGAUUGCCACCGGUGGAGGCGGCUCCAGCAGUAGCAAUGGCAUCGACAUCAGCAUUGCAGGUGGUGCUGCUGGCGCCGGUGGGGCCAGUGUUGGGGGUGCCGGCACAAGCUCCAGUGCUGCUGGUACCGGCUUUAGUGGCGGUGCUGGCAGUGCUGGUGGCACCACCUCCGGCGGCAGUGCGGGAACUGGUUUCAGUGGUGGUGCUAGCAGUGCUGGCACCAGUUACAGUGGCAGUGCGGGUACCAGUUACGGUGGCGGAGCUGACAGUGGUGGCAGUACAGGAACCGGUUUCAGUGGCGGUGCUGGCAGUACUGGCACCAGUUACAGUGGUGGUGUCAGUCGUGCAGAUGGAACCAGUUUCAGUGGCAGCACUGGCUUUGGAAGUGGUGUGAGUGGAGGACACAUAGACGCGGCUGCUCUACAGAUAAUGAUCCAUCAAAUGUUCAGAAAUGAGAUGGAUUCCCAGACAUUCAGAGCUUUCCUAGCAUCUUCAGUGAGAGGACUGCCUGGACCCAAAGGGGACCCUGGAUCUAAAGGAGAGGCUGGUUUCCCUGGACAUCCAGGUACUCCAGGUGUGAUGGGACCUGCAGGCCCCGAGGGUCCCAAAGGACAGAAAGGAAAUCAAGGUGAUCAUGGACAGGAUGGGGUCAGGGGUCGCGAGGGUCCAGCUGGGCCCAGAGGUGAGCCGGGACCUUCUGGCUUUGGACAGAAAGGUGACAGAGGUUCUCCUGGAGAACCUGGGCUUCCUGGGCCUGUGGGAUCUCUUGGACCAAAAGGUGCACAUGGAGUUCCUGGACUUCCUGGAGCACCAGGUCAACCAGGUCCUCAGGGUUUCCGUGGCGAGGCAGGUCUACCUGGGUCUAAAGGUGACAGAGGGCUCCCUGGAUUCCAAGGAGUGAAAGGUGAAUCUGGUGACCCUGGUCUCAGAGGUCUCAAAGGUGAGGCUGGUUUACCAGGUCUGCCUGGUCCAGCUGGAGAGAAAGGACCCAAAGGGUCAAUGGGAUUGUCUGGACUUGAUGGUCCAAAAGGAUCAAGAGGUGACCAAGGAUCUGCUGGUCCCCCUGGAAUCAGAGGUCCUGCCGGGCCUGCUGGAGAUACUGGACCUCCAGGAACACCUGGGCUUCAAGGUCCACCAGGGAUACCAGGGAAUCCAGGACAACCUGGUGCCAAAGGUGAAACAGGUGAACCAGGCAGAAUCAUCAAUGCAGCUGGCUCAUCUUCCAUUGGAAUCCCAGGACCACCUGGACCUGCUGGUCCUCCCGGCCCUGCAGGACCUCCAGGAUUAUCAGGUCCCAUUGGUCCCGCUGGUCUGCCUGGCCCACCUGGUCCGAAAGGUGACAGGGGAUAUAAGGGAGAGCAGGGAGAACAAGGAAUCACAGUGAGAACGAGUGAAAGUAUCACCUCAACCAGCCAACUUGGUUCCAGUAGAACCUCAGGACUAUCUGGCCCACCUGGCCCACCUGGGCCACCGGGUCCACCUGGACGUCCAGGAGAUUCAAGACAGGGACCUCCAGGACCACCUGGGCCCCCUGGUCAGCCAGGUUAUGGAAGACCUGGACCUAAAGGAGACAAGGGAGACACAGGCUUUACAUCUAGCUCUGGAACAUUUUACGCUGGACCACCAGGACCACCUGGGCCUGCUGGGCCUAAAGGAUCAACAGGUUCUCCUGGACCAAGAGGAUACCAAGGUGAACCAGGCCAGCCAGGUGUGCCAGGUUCCCCGGGAAGACCAGGAAGCUCUGUCAGAGAGUCGACUUAUUCUGGGGGACAUGGGAUCCCAGGACCACCGGGUCCACCAGGCCCGCCUGGACCUCAAGGACCACAAGGAUUUAAAGGGGACCCUGGUAUUCCUGGAACUUCAAGAGGCUCCGUCUCCGUCACCUCAGGUCCUCCUGGUCCUCCAGGUCCUCCUGGCCCUCCAGGCCUUCCAGGCUCCUUUGCUUCUUCCACUGAGAUGCAGCAGUACAUCACCAGCUAUUUAAGUAGAAGCAGACAGGUUGGAGCCCCAGGACCUCCAGGUCCACCUGGGCCUCCAGGAGUUCCUGGGACUUUCUCAGGCUCUAUGGAUGACAUCUCCACUCGAAUCAUUGCGUACAUACAACGCUCGGGCUCAAGCCUCAACAUUGGCAUCCAGGGUCCUCCAGGACCACCUGGUCCUCCUGGACCUGGCUCUGGAUCCUUAACAGUCAGUGCUCUCAUCGCCAUGCUUCAGAGAGACGAUGUGAGGAGAUAUUUGACAGGACCACCAGGGCCACAAGGACCACCGGGACCACCAGGGUCAUCAGUGGGAAUUUCAGCCAGUUACAGUGUGGAGGAGAUAGCCACUUACGUCUUCAAUAUCAUGAAUGAAAGAGGAAUUGCUAGAGGACCACCCGGGCCACCCGGUCCUCCUGGGCCUGCUGGUGCAGGGGGCUCUGGCUUCACUACAGCUACGAUUGACUAUUCUGCACUGAUCAGAAAUUCAGAUUUCCGCUCAUGGAUUAACUCUGCUGUACAACGUGGCACUCCUGGUUCUCCUGGUCUUCCUGGUUCCCCAGGACUACCUGGGCCUCCUGGCCCUCAGGGGCCACCAGGAGUCUCCUCCUCCACUGUGUAUGGGGUGGGAGGUCGUGGUUACAGCCUGGAGGAAAUUCAGCGCUACCUGCAGGGCUCUGGGUUCAGAGGUCUUCCUGGCCCUCCUGGUCCUCAAGGUCCACCAGGACCACAGGGUCCAUCGGGCAGUUACACUGGAUCAGUUUCCUACAGUGGAAACCUUCCCCGGGAGAGCAUCCGUGCUGAGGUUCAGCAGUAUCUGACCAGUGACAGCAUGCGUCGUGCCAUAAUCGGGCCUCCAGGGCCACCAGGACCAAGGGGUCAGAAAGGAGAACGUGGAGAGCCAGGUUACAUCCAGGGCUACACACAGAGCCAGAGCUACUCUCAUGGUAACUCUCGCCACGGCUCUGGGCACAGAGAGACCGAUAUCAGCAGGCUCACUGAGACACUGGACUACUCCAACGUUGCCAUGAAAGUUACAGACUACAUCAAGAAUCAAGGUCUGCUGCAGCAGUAUCUGGUUGAGGGUCCUUUGAAGACCAAUGUCAGAGCGAUUCAGGGCCCCCCUGGUCCACCUGGCCCUCCUGGACCGCCUGGUUACAGCCGCGUCAUUGGCGCCUACGGCAACGUCACAGCUGACCUCAUGGACUUCUUCAGAACUUAUGGCACCAUCCCCGGUCCUCCAGGAGUCUCCGGACCAAAGGGAGACAGAGGGUAUCCAGGACCCAGAGGAGAAAAGGGUGAUCCAGGAAGCCCAGGUUUACCAGGACUGCCAGGGUCAUACACUGUCCAAAUUCCACACAGAGUGCAGAAGAGGGAUGCAGAAAAUAAAGUGGUCGGUCGACAUAGGAAGCAUCGUCGUCAAGCCAAUGGCGGUUAAAGGGCUAACAUACUACUGUGUCAAAUUUUCACUUUUUUCACUUAUUUUUUUUUUUUUCCAAUGCAAAUCGUGAAAAUGCUUCUUGUUCUUGCCAUUUGUGGGAAAAGUCAGGGAUUGACUUGAGAAAAUAAAAGUGGCCAAAAAAUACAUCAGUUUCUUUCAAACAGCUUCAGUAGAGGAAUGGAUUUAGCUGCUGGUCAGUGUUUUUUUUUUUAUUAAACACAGACUUCACUUCUCAUUUCUUUUUGUUUUUUAACAUGUGGGUGUAAAAAUGUUUACUUUGCUUGGUUAGAAGCUUGCAUUCAACUUUUUUCUGGGGGGCAGUUUUGUUUAAGUAGCAGUAAGUAGCUGAUAUUUUUCAGCGCAUUUUGCAUCUUUAGCCUCUGCUUGUGUACCUUGAACAUCUGGUGUAUUAUUUUUUUUUUUUGUAUUCAUUGUCUUUUGAGGAUUAUACUGUAUUGAGGACUAUCAAUGUGUCAAGGUUACCCUUCAAUGUUUCAUGAAAAGCUACAAUACUGUCAGAUUAUCCAUGUAAGUAAAACCAAACUCCAGCCUUUAAGACAUCUGGCAGUUUUCCAUUCACCCCGUAUAGAACAUUUUAAAUACGUAAAGCAUCACUUCCUGAACCUGACACAGUCCCAGGCAGAGUGGGCAUCGUGUGUGGCAGGAGGAGGCCGAGGGUGACAGUAAAUGUUGCUGCAGUCAGGACUGAUGAUAUACUUAAAAGGUCUGUUGGUAAAAAUGGUUGAAAGACAGGGACUCGGAUAAUCACUAACAAAUGAUUGAUUGGAUUGUAUAUUUUUGUAUAAGAGCACACUGAAAUCAAUGUAUUUUCUUUAUACAUUUAAGUGUUGGAAAGAUUAAAUUAUAGAAGUGUUCCCAGAUUGUGUUUUACAUGGUUGAACGUACUGACAUUUGGUCGGUAUAUUUGAGAGACACAAAAAUAAAUCUAUUUUUGGACUUGUGAGUCUUGAUAUUUGCACAAAUAAAAUGGUUUCACUCGA